AAGAGUACGAGGUUGCUUGGCGGUUUCUGCAUAUCACGAUAUCUAUAGACUUUCAACCGUUCAAUUCUGUCACCGUACUUUAUAAACUUCCACUACCCUCAAAAGUUGUCUUUUUAUUAAUGGAAGGAGAACUACAACAAGAGCCGUGUAGGCGGAAGCGAAGGCAGCCACCGCAAGAAAAAGAAGACACUCACGUGGCAACGAGGCCGCUUAAGCCGUACAGGGGGAUACGUAUGAGGAAGUGGGGAAAAUGGGUCGCUGAGAUACGUGAACCAAACAAACGUUCACGUCUUUGGCUCGGUUCAUACACAACCGCCGAUGCCGCCGCUAGAGCCUACGACACCGCCGUCUUCUACCUUCGUGGCCCUUCAGCACGCCUCAACUUCCCUGAUCUUCUUUUUCAGGAGGAGGGGCAACGAUCAGCAGCGGCUGCCGCAGUCGACAUGCCCGCCUCUCUGAUACGUGAGAAAGCUGCGGAGGUCGGCGCUAGAGUCGAUGCUCUUCUUGCUUGUUCUGCGAAGUCGCCGUCUCCUCCUUCACCGUUUUCACCGAUGAUCGAAGGACUUCUUUCUUCCUUUCUGGCAUUAAGGUUUCUCUGAUUUUGAUUCUUGAGGGUUUGGUUUCUAUAUAUCAUCCGGCUCGUCUUCAAAGACUUGGAGCUGCGGCUCUUUGCAACCUGAUGUGGAGGUUUGAAUGAUAAAGAACAAGCAUUCUUCCUCUGGAGUUUCUUAUCUGCAAUAUCUCGGCUCGUCAGGUGGUUGUCGGAGCAGUAAAAGAGAUGCAUGGUCUUCCUGAAUAAAAUCGUCAGUUGGUGUGCGCUUAAUCCUUCCUUCUUAUCUCGGUGGUUUCUCUUGUUUGAUUGUGUUUCUGUUAUGAUCUAGUUUACUUACAGUUUAACUUUGCUCUAUAUUUAUUAUGUUUUCUAUUUGUUUCCGGAGAAUUUCAUUAAUUAUGCCGGCUUAAGUGGC